AUGGAAGGUGUGUCAACCAAAGUGUACAAAGGUCUAAAAGGCUAUUGGAGGAGAAGGGGUUACCGGAGAAUUUCUGGGUCUGGCCGGAAACGUGUAGUUCCGGCGGUUCACUUGGGUUCCGGCGGGUCGACCCGGAGAAUCCGGGUUUGGAGCGUGAAGAUCCGGCGGAAAAUAAAGUUGAGGUGGUCGCCCAAGAAGUUUUUUAUUGGGAUACGUGAUGCGUACAUGAGGAUGAUGAUGAGAUUAGCUAGCUCGAGCGCUAUGGGAGUGAGCGGGUAUGGGAACGGGUACGGAGGGGAAGCUUGUUUCGUGACCCGACCCGUGAAGGAGUAUGAUGAGAAAAUGGUGGUGGAGUUGUACAAGAAGAUUUUGAUGGGUCGGAAUCAGUUGGUUCAUCCGGAUGGAUCUGAAAUUGUUCUCAGACGAUAA